CAGAUGAUCGGGCGACAUUGUAAAUAGACGUAUGUGAUACAGCGAAGCCAUGCCUUUCUCUGCUCUUUGAAUCACACCCAGCAGAGCAUAUAUUUCCGAUACAACUCUCUUUCUCUUAAGUGUACAUUUCUCAGAUAGUAUUUAGUCAUUUUUCACCUCAUCGAAGUGUCAUUAAAGUAUGUACCGAUCCCUGUACGCCUUCCGAUCCUCGGAGCCCAACUCGCUGCACUUCUCGGCCGGAGAAAGCUUCCUAAUCCUGGAGAGGAGCAACAAACACUGGUGGCUGGGCUCCCUGAGUAGCACGGGGGAAACCGGCUACAUUCCUGCGUCAUACAUCGAAAAAAUACAGGCUCCAGAGCAGGAUGAGGUGCUGUUGUCUAUUGACAGAGCAAUCGAGGGAAUCCACAAUGUGGCCUUAAAGAACGGAGGGAAAUACAAUCUUGAGCAGCGAGAUGUUCUACAAAAGCUGAUCCAUCACAGAAAGGAAACCCUCGCUCGACGAAGUUCUUCCUCCACCGGACAAAAACAAGGCCUUCCAUCAUCCAGCAGUGAAAUAUCCCUUAGUCAAACCCCCACUACGCCCAAUGGCCUUAACCGGGACUAUGGACGGCAGGGUAGCAUGCCGUUAUCAGGAAGCAUGGACAACAUGCAGGGAGACCAGGGUUUCUACCAGGUGCCGUCUCAGCCCCGACGUGCUGCUCCAAUCACUCCCCCUCCUCCUGAAAAACAGAGAAACUAUCGACGUCCAGAGCCGGACGUCCCCUCCAGACUGUCCUCUCUUCCUCCGUCCCCCGCUCCUUCUCUCACGAUCAGCACCACUUCUACGGAGUCUGGCUCCUCCCACUCUGUGGUCUCCUCUGUCAGUCUGCCAAGUGUUUCCAGCACCCCCCCUCCUCCUGUGCCAUCCCGUGUGAAGCCCCCCGCGCUGCCUCCAGACGUGCAGCCGUCUGACUCUCCUCCUCUGCCAGUUCCUGCAAAGAAGAGCCCGGCGCCUCAGCCCCCCCAGCCCGCUGCUCCUGUCCAGCUCGCUGUGGAGAAACCCCCAGAAACUGAAUGGCCUGUUGCGCCCCAGUCUGUUGCCGAGAGCCCCCCUGGCAGCCCCACCACCUCUGAGCCGGUUUCCAUGACAAUUGGAGCUGAACUGAUCGAGCUGGUGCGGAAGAACACAGGCCUGAGUUACGAACUGUCCCGGGUUGCCGUUGGCGUGGUGGUGGGCCAUCUGCAGACCGCUUUACCUCAAGUCUCCUCUGCUCUGGAGCAGGUUCUGCUUUCGCUCGUGGAGAGCAAGGACUUGGGUUCAGCGCUGCCCCAGGGUCAGGUGUGUCAUGAUGAGCAGCGUCUGGAGGUGAUCUUCAGUGACCUCGCCCGUCACCGUGACGACUCUCAGCAGCGCAGCUGGGCGCUUCAUGAAGACCAUGCCCUCAUCGCCUGCUAUCUCGAGGAGCUGCUGAAGAUACUGACUGAUGCAGAUCCAGAAGUGUCUAAGAGGAUGUGCAAGGCUGGCGACUGUGAAAAUGUGCUCUCCCUGGUUUCAUACUAUCAGAUGGAGCUUCGUGUGUCUUUGCGGCUGCUUCUGCUCAAAGUGUUUGGAGCGAUGUGCAGCCUGGAUGCUGCUCUCAUCUCCACCCUCCUUAACUCCAUCCUGCCGAUGGAGCUGGCCCGGGACCUGCAGACGGACAGACAGGAACACCAGAAGAUGUGUUACACAGCUUUGGUGCUAACUAUGAUAUUCGCAAUGGGCGAGCAGGUGCCGUAUCAUCACUACGAGCACCUGAACGCCGACUUUGUUGGGUUUCUGUUGGGUGUGGUGGAGGAUGGACUUCCCUCUGAUCCCACAGAGCAGCUGCCUGACAUCUUCCUCAACCUCCUGCUGGCCUUUAACCUGCACCACACAGCACCCAGCAACAACGUGAUAAUGCGGGAACUGAAGCAGAAAAACGUUAAGAUCCUGACAGAGAAAGUGCUGCUGCUCCUGAACAGAGGCGACGACCCUGUGUGCAUGUUCAAACACACCCCUCCUGCACCGCACGCGGUGCUCAAGUUUCUGCAGGAUGUCUUUGCCAGCCAGGAGACUGCUGACAUCUUCUACCGCACUGACAUGAUGGUGAUGAUUGACAUCGCUGUUCGACAAAUAUCUGAUCUUUCACCUGGAGAGAAGAUUCGGAUGGAGUAUCUCUCCCUCAUGCACUCCAUAAUGCGCUCGACGGACUAUCUGGAGCAUCAGCACCGCCUGUCUGACCUGCAGGGGUCCCUGCAGAGGAUUCUCAGGGAGGAGGAAGAUCCAGGAGAAGACGAAGGGAGCGCCACUGCAAAACAGAUGGAUAAGCUGAUCAUACAGCAGAUCUACAAGGAGUUCCCACAGAUCUGCAAGAACCAGGACUAACCAUAUCAGUAUCAUGCACACACAAACACACACACUGUAGUCUGGUCUGCUACAGGGAGGUACGUAAGAGCUGAACUCAUGCUUGAGGAUUACCUGCGUUCUGUGCCAGCUGAGAGAAGCAGCUCCGUCUCGACAGUAUUGUUUUUGGACUCGGCAGGGCUGCUGCAUGCAUUUGACCAUGUUAAAAUACAUUUUUAGAUUUGCACAAAUAAACUGAAAGGUUAUGUCUUACGUGGAUAUUAUAAAUAGCCAAAAAAAAUAGGCCAAAUCUUAACGCUGCUCUCAAUUCUAAGCAAUAAUAACCAUGUGAAGGUUACACUGACAAACUGCAUGUCCUUGAAGGGUUUUUGAUCCGAAAGCAAUCACAAUGAUGGCUAAACUUUAUUUUAUUAAGCAAACUGACUCCUAACCCAAAACAAAUGUAUUUUAGAGGAAGAUUUGUACCAGAGAUAUCUGUAAAUAAAAGAUAGUAAUGCCAUCGUUUCAAUGCUGGAGAAUUACUUCCUUUUUUUUGUGCUUCCCUUGUAGUGGGUCCAAACUACGGUGUGUUACUGGGAGUUUAUUUUCUUCACUGGAUACUGCACUUAUAAAACUUGCUUUCUGUUUCAUUCUACACCUUCUUAAUAAUACCUUAAAUCAAGUAAAGUAGAGGGAACUGAACAAGUCUACUCAUCUCGCAAGAAAAUAGGCAAAGCACACGUUGGCUGAUUUCAUCAAUGCUAAACUGGUAGCUGCGUAUGUUUCUGCUGCAUAUCGAGUCUCUGCUGUCCGUGGCGUCUGCAAUUAUAACAGUCUGUUACUUUUGUCUUUGCGAACGCUUUAACAGUAAUAGCUCUGUUCUUGCAAAUGCAAAAUGUACUAAGAAUUAGAAGUCACUGUUUACAAGUUCAAACAGCAUCAAAGGCUACAUUUAUAGCAACAAAGUCUUGGCUGUGAGAUGUGAAAUGUGUGUUCUGGACUUAUCAUGCAUCAGUAAAUCUAGCUCCGUUAUAAUCUUGUGUUCCGGCUGAAAAUCAAGACAAAGGAGAGGACUUACAGGGCAUUUAUUUGAUCUCCUGUUGGUUUUGAUAAUUUUACAGUAAAAUGUACUUUUCCUUAUUUUAACCUCUGACUGACAUUGUUCCCCCAUAAUGUUUUCAGAUUUUUAUUUCUAUUUGUUUUUUUUCCUGGCAUGGCUUCUCCACCUGGAAGGCUGUCACAGUUGCGUGUCUGUGUGUGAGCGGUGAACAUCUCUAUGAUUAACGUUGUCUGCAAAAGUGCUGCGACUGUGUAAUAACGAAACUAAUAAAGCUAUAUUUUAACAGUGAAAGCUGUCACAUCUGUUUUUGUUGUUUAGGACUACGUAACAUGAUUUAGACUUGAUUAAAGUUUAUCUGAAAAUGUGGACUGUCAUGCUGAAGACACAACAAACUACUGA